AUGGCUACAAAAGGCAGAGGAGGUCGUGGUGCUUGGGGUGUUCCCCGUCUUUUCUCCAUCAUGAUGCUCGCUAUAGCACUCCUAUUGGGCCUGGCCCAAUUCCACCGCUCGGCUGCCGUUGACUCAUUGACCGUGGAAACAACUUCUGGCUCUGUUCAGGGCUUCACUGAUGACCUCACACCGAAUGUUGCACAGUACCUGGGCAUUCCUUUUGCAGAGCCGCCUGUAGGGGCACGUCGGUGGCUCCCUCCGGCUCCGAAGUGCAGGGAGAAUCAGACUAUCAAGGCGACUGCUCUGCGCCCUGCUUGUCCUCAGGCUCAGGGCAACACGUCGAAUGUGUGGCGUACUGAUGCGCCGGAGUUCCUUACUCAGCCACCGGAAUACCAGAGCGAAGACUGCCUGAAUCUCAAUGUUUGGGCGCCUUUGGAACAGUGUACAGACGAAAGCGAAAAGAAGCUAUUACCGGUUUUGAUUUGGAUCUAUGGAGGAGGGUACACGAGUGGUGGCGCCAAUGUCCCGUAUCAGAUACCCGCUAGAUGGGUUGAGAGGACUGGCGAGCAUAUUGUUGUUGCCAUCAGCUACCGUGUCAACAUAUUCGGCUUUCCCAACGCCAAAUCGCUUGCAGAUGAUGAGCAGAACUUGGGUUUCUUAGAUCAGCGUCUAGCGGUAGAAUGGGUCCGUGACAACAUCCGCAACUUUGGCGGCGAUCCGAAUCGCAUGAUACUCUGGGGUCAAUCCGCAGGUGCAUCAUCCGUGGACGGGUAUAACUUCGCCUAUCCCGAAGACCCUAUCGUAUCAGGACUCAUCAUGAACUCCGGGACAACCUUCAUCGGCAUCAACAGCGAAGACGUCCAGCAAACAAACUUCACCUUUGUUGCCCACCACUUUGGUUGCAACAGCCCCUCCGCCCAAGCCGAAAUCGACUGUCUCAGGGGCGUGGACUCUGUUUCCAUAACCCAAUAUCUCAAGCAAUACUCCGACAGAAAUACGCAGCCUAGUCUUAGUUUCCUGCCCGUCAUCGACAACCGCACACUCUACUCAAACUACACGGCACGUGCCCUGGCAGGCAAGUUCUCGCGCAAACCAGCCAUCAUCGGCAACACAAACGACGAAGGUACUGCGUUUCAGCCCUACAAUCGAACCUACGGAGUCAACACAACGUUGGCAGAUGCGGACACUGCUACCAUUUUCCACUGCCCGGCUGUGAAGACGACGUACGAUCGUUAUGCAGCAAACGCAACUACUUUUCGCUAUCUCUACGCCGGGAACUUUAGUAACAUCUCGCCGCAACCGUGGGAGGGCGCUUAUCACUCGUCUGAUAUCCCGUUGUACUUUGGUACGUAUGGCAUUGUGAGAGGCAAUGGUACUGCGUUUGAAAAGGCAGUGAGCGAGAAGGUGCAGGAUUAUUAUCUUGCAUUUGCCAAGGAUCCUGUCAAUGGACUACCGCAAAUGGGGUGGAAUGCCUAUACGCCGAGUGGUGAGGCUGUACUGAUUGGGUAUGAUGGGGAGAUUGUGCAGGGGAUUGAAGAGAGUGAGUUGGAGAAGCCGUGUGAUGGGGUGAAGCCGAAUGGUCUUCCGAUACCGCCUUGA